CUGCUGCUGCUGCUGCUGCUGCUGCUGGUGCUGCCCUUUCCUGGUUAUCUGCCAUUUUAUUUGGGCAUCUUUUCAAACAUUGGUCAAGCGUUGCGAUAGUGUGAAUGCUCCUGGUGGCUCAAAAAGUGCUCUGUUUUUUUGCACUUGAUUAUGUGCUGUUAAGCUGUCAAUCUGUCCUGGUAUGCUAAGAAAAAAACAGGAAUGCUGGGAAUCUUAAGUGAGUUACCGAUGGUCGCUGAGCCAGGCAUGUCCACUGGGGAUAGAAGGGGAUUGGCCGGUCAAGUUAUUUCCCCGCGUGAAACGUAUAACCCUCAGUAAGUAAACUAAAUUAGCCCCUUUACCCCCGUCCAACAGCAGCAAGUAGAACAAAGUGGAAAGCAGACCCCAGAUUGAGGGAAAGAAAGAAUUCCAGUGCAGGUGUGCUUCAUGAGUCCGUGGGCUGGCACUCCAUUCCUUCCUUUCCUUGUCGCAGUGGCACUGCCCAGGAGGGUUCCGUGCGCACAGACCCGGCUGCUCAGCCCGCUACAAGAGCAAGAGAGAGAGAGAGAAACAGAGAGAGAGAUAGAGAACGCUGUGAGUCAUUGUUCUGCUUUCAGCAGAAUGUAACAUGGAGCGGCCAGCAUUCUCUCUUUCCCCUCGUUACUGUGGCGACAGUGGGUGAACGGCGGCCGCUGCAGAGCCAGCUCUCUCUCCCUUUAUUUUCACUCUGUCUGCCACUCUCUUUACCACUCCUCUUUUUUUAUUUAUCCGCCCUUUUCCCAGGGCUUUUCCCUGCACACUUUAUGUUUUUCUCUUUACCUUUCCGUUUCCCUUGCCUUCUCUGUCCCUUUUUUCUCUUUCUGCCUGUCUCCCUCUCCCCUUGCCAUUGACAGACUGGCGAGUGGAGUGGGCAUUGUGCCCUGUGUUUUUUUCAUGCCAGGCUGAGCAGGGUGAGGGAACUGCGUAUUCCUGCCUGGCGCCUCUACCAUGCUGAUUCUGCAGCCCCCACGCCCGCUCUCUCACUCUCGCUCUCUCGUUCUUUCUCUCUCUCUCUUUGGCCAGCCUGUGUUGUGCUGAUGGCCGCUCUGGUCUCCUUUAGAAAUGUCCAUGUCAGAAAUGCGUUUUGAUCAGCCGUGAGCCGUAGAGUCCCACAGACAUGAUGAAGCAGAGGGACGAGGAACUCGACAAGAAGAUUGUGGCCCUGAGGAGGAAGAAUGAGGCACUGAUGAAGAGGUACCAGGAGGUGGAGGAGGACAAGAAGAAGGCGGAGCAGGAGGGGAUGGCUCUGCAGAGCCGUAAGACAGAGGAGCUCUCCAUCACCAUCAACAAGACCACUAAUGUGAGUGUGUAUGUGGAGGCUGCACAGCAGGAGCCGCGGGUGGUGAUGAAGAAAGCUGGGUCCGGCGGUGGCUCCCCCCAGGACAAGAGCCCUAAAGGUGGGGGAGAGGCGGCCGACGGUGGCCCCAACCAGUUCAGCAUGGGCCGCGGCAAGAGACGCCAACUCUUCGUCACCAUGGUGGGAAACAGUAAGGGCACCCGAGUGGUGAGUGAGUCUGCGGAUCCCAACCCUCAGAGACCUGGUGGGAAGAAGAGCAGCGCUGAGGAUGACGAGGAGAACCGCACCGAGUCCUCCAGGAAAGGAAAACACAGCCAGUCUCGCAAGAGGACCUCUCAGACACAGCAGGAGGAUGGGGCUAGGCAGGAGGGACAAGCUGCAGCGGAAGAGAGUCGCUGGCUGACCGAGUGUGACCCCUAUUACCAGGAUGGCGAGUGGCUGGAACCACCACCUCUGGCCGACCUGACCAUCCCCACCUCCCGCGAGGAGCAGCUGGAGUACAUGCGUUGGAAGUGCGAGCGUGAUGAGAUCGACCGCGAGCGCGUGGCCCGUCACCAGAAUGCCAAGGGACAGUGGAGGAGAGCCUGGGAUCUGGACAAGCCACAGCUUGUGUUUUCAGAUAAACCACCAGGGGAAACCGAGCGGCCACACUCAAACAGAGGAGGCAGAGCUCCCAGAAGAGGCCACUCAAAAUCAGCCGGGGAAUCACAAGGUCAUGGCAGAGGCCGAGACAGAAAGGGGAAGAAUUCCUCAACGGUGGUGGGCAGCAAAGCCAAGGGCAAGGACCGUCUGACUGGAAGAGCUCGGAGAUGGGACAUAAAGGACAAGGAUGAAGACAAACAGUCCUUAGAGACAAGUCUAGAGGAGUUCCUAGAGGAGCUGGACGCCCUCUGUGACCCCGAUAACCCCUCCACUGAGUCCGAGGCACCCCAGAACUCAGACGGGACAGCAGCCGGUGCCGCCACUGCUGCUGCUGAUGACAACAGUGGCACGGAGACUGGGUUGGUUACCCUGGAAACAAAGCAGACAGACGCAUCAUCUGAUGAUGAUGAUGAUGACACAGACAAACGGGGAAACGCGGAGACGGCCUCGCCCAAAGGAACCGAAAAGAAGGUCCGGUUCUCCCAGGAGCUAGUCCAGGGCGCCCACGUCCAGAGGAACCCCGACGUCGUUGUCGUGGAGACCAAGGGGAGCUUGUUGAAAGGGGCCUCCUUGCAGGUGAAGACAGACUUGUCUGAAGCAGAGCCAGACAGCACCGCAGACAAACCGCAGCUGUCACAGCCGCAGCAACAUCAACAGCAACAGCAACAGCAACAGCAACAGCAACAGACACAGCAACAGCAACAGCAACAGCAACAGCAGCAGCAGCAGCAGCAGCAGCAGCAGCAGCAGCAGCAGACACAGCAGCAGGAAGAGGAGACUGACAGUAGGCACCAGGAGGACCAGGACACUCGUCAUCUCAGCCCCACAAGCACAGAGGACUGCAGCCCUGCAGCACCACCACAAGAAGCACAGGAGGAGAAGGCAGACAACGAGAAGGAGCAAGUGAAGGAGACUGACAAGGUGAAGGAGACAGAAAAGGAGGAGGACAAACAACCAGAUGGAGAAGCCCAGAAGCCUCCUCACUCCACGGCCUCUGAAACAACCAAGGCAGCUGAGAGCGUACCGACUGAAGAGACAAAGGGAGCGGCCUCCACUACGCUAGAUCACUCCCCAGACCAGCAGGCCCUUGAGCAGCAGGCCCCAGAGCAGCAGGCCCAAGAGCAGCAGGCCCAAGAGCAGCAGGCUCCAGACCAGCAGGCUCCAGACCAGCAGGCCCCAGAGCAGCAGGCCCCAGACCAGCAGGCCCAAGACCAGCAGGCCCAAGAGCAGCAGGCCCCAGACCAGCAGGCCCAAGAGCAGCCGGCCCCAGACCAGCAGGCUCCAGAGCAGCAGGCCCAAGACCAGCAGGCUCCAGAGCAGCAGGCCCAAGAGCAGCAGGCUCCAGAGCAGCAGGCCCAAGAGCAGACUGCCCAGACCAAGACGAGCACAAGCAGAGUCACAGAGGAGCUGAUUGACUCCAGCCUGUCUGUGCUCAGUAUAGACGCAGGGGACGCACAUCCUGACCAUGUUACCAGCACAGAGAAGGCACGGGAGGAUGGGAAAGUGGUCUAAGAGGCACAGAUUCCAGUCUGGAGUCAGAGAAGUUUAAAUGAGAUGGAAAAACAAAAACUGAAACCAAAAGACGGUUUAAAAAGAAUGCCUUUUUUUCUGAACUGUUGAUUCCUAAUUCUUAGAAACUUUGAGAGAUGUCAAACGCUUACAUAAUGCUAAAAAAAACCUCAAUAGCACUAUGAAUGUGUUUUGUGGACAAUUUUGUUGUCUGAAGCUGUUUAUAUAAACCACCUGAUCACUGUUGGAUGAAGGUUAUGAAUGUUCGCUUAGAUGGUAAACAGUAUGUUAGACUGUAGGAAAUGUUCAAAUCCGAAGUCCUUUUAGGUUUUUCGACCUGCUUAAAAUUAUGUUGUUUACAAGCACUUUAUUUUUUAUCAAAUAUUUGAACAGACCACAGGGGUUUUGUGGUUGAACAUGACUAGUAAACCUAUGUAGGGAUGAUUGUCUGAUUUGCUUGAACUUGAAGUUUUUUUUUAAUGGUACAGCCCUAACACUUGUUCUUAUUAGUGCAAUUGAGCUUAUUUGUAUAUACCAUUACAGGGCUCCAAUGUUGAUCUGUUUUUUCCUCAGUCCACUUUAUGAUAUCUAGGACUGCUUUCAGAAAGGUUUUUAUUGAAAAACUCAGCUUACAUGGGUAUUUCCAGAAGAAGUCACAAGACUCGAAAGUUAUUCUAUGACUUGGGGACUUUUAAUUUGUAUCCUAUGGCCUUAUAUGUGUUUUUGUCGGACUUACUAAAGUUCAAGCACUGCUGUUCAGUCAGUUCACCUAAGCAGUGUUGUAAUGUUUUAAAAAAGUUCAGUUUCAGGUGAAUUUUAUUUUUCUUUCGAAAAGAUUUUCACAUCUGAACAUUGCUCUUCAGUGGCUUUCAGAUACCAGAUUAUUUGUUCUCCGUUAGUUCAAAAACUGCAUGGUACUGAUCUCUUUUGAAAUUGUGUCUAUUCAUGCCUUAACAGUGGUAUACAGUAGGAGGCCAUGUGAGAUAUAGGCAUUGUAUGCCAGCCGCUCAGUAUUUAAGACUUAAACAUAUGUUUGCACUCAAGAAAUAAGCUAUUAACUUUUUGGUAAUAGUCACUCAAUGUUUACAGUUAGCUUUGAAAAGUAGACAUGGGCUCCCCUAGAUCCAGUUCAGCUUGGGUUUGUAUUCCAUGUAAGCUAUGUUUUCAAGGUAUCCUUAUUUAAUUCAAAGCAAAAUUAUCGUAAAAGAGUAAUUUAUUUUGUUUAGAAUAAAAAAAGCAAUUUAGAACAUCAAGCAAAUUAUAUUGUCACUUUUACCAUGGACUCUGUUUGAAUAUCUGUGCAAAGUGAGUAUUAAAGAGUUGAAGUUUGCCUUUGACUUAUUCUUUCCCUGUUGUUCAUCCCAGGCAGUAAUUUGUGGGCUGCCAGGCUCUUCAAAAGUUAUCCAUGUUAAUCGACAUAUUGUUCAAUCUGCAAUAAAUGAAAGAAAUUAAGCUAUA